CGCAAAACUGCAUGAGUGGGCUGAUCGGAAAUUUCCAAGUGCGGGAUAAAAUCAAUAAUGUUUCCGGUACUUAUUCAGCCACCUUUCUGCAGCUUCAGAUUAAGGAUGUAAUUGUACGAGGCAGACAGCAAAACUGUUGGCAAUCGACGAGUUCAUUCUAACCUAAUGCUUAGUGUGCCAGGUUCUCCCGUAUCCCGUCGCUCUAGUUCAAUAUCCACCGUUGGUCAAUUUGGUAGAUCCACCGUACUGUAUUCCAGAGUCACUCCGAGAAAAAAACAACCUGCGUGGAGAAUCGCUUCUCAUCCCUUACCGAAGAAUGUCACAUAUCGCAGAAGUCUAUUAUGCGCUUUGAUCUCUUCCGUCUUAGCUGCCGCAAUAUUUCUUACUGCUACCCUAACUUUUCAGUGGGAAACGAUUACGUAUAAUUUCGACAACAUCUUCCGCGCCUUGGGUUUCCACUUCGGUCAGCCACUUCCAUUUGCGGAACAUGACGUCACUCAGGUAUCUCUUAAUAUUGAAUCAAACUUGACCACUUAUUAUUUUAACGUUGAGUACAUUGUGUUUGAGAAUGGACAUUUGGCUCAUCCGUCGGAUAUAGAUGUGCUGAAGGCUAAGCUACCAGCUCAGCCAUACACUAUAAAGGAGAUAUCUGGGAUAUUUGUCAGACUUGUGGGACCAGAGAUAACCCGAAUAACGCACAGUAUCUCCACUGAAGUUGUGUCCGCUGAUUGGAGGAGGCAACUAGGUAGGAAGCGGAUUGCAAGGCCCGUCAUGAGCGAUGUUGAAUCUACGGAAUUUACUCAACCAAUGCGAAAAGAAGUAGCGUGGAUUGUAUUGAACUAUCGGGCAGAUAUAUGGAAUAUGUAUUACAAGCAACAAC